GGCGGCCGGGUGCCGCCCGGCAUCACAGCCUCCAUUUUGCGGUUCAGCUGCGGGAGGGAGGCCCGAGGCUCCGCGGUUUUGCCCGCAGAAUGUCAUACCCAGGUUAUCCCCCUUCAGGCUAUCCUGCUUUCCCUGGUUAUCCUCCAACAGGUCAAGAGUCUGUUUAUCCGCCAGCUGGUCAGUACUCCUAUCCCACCGUUCCUGGAGGAUACCCUCCAGCAGGAGGUGGAGCCUAUCCUGCAGCACCGCCAAGUGCUGGGUAUCCAGGGGCAGCAGGAUAUGCUGCCCCCGGGGGCUACCCUGCCCCGGGGGGCUAUCCUGGAGCGCCCCAGGCUGGAGGAGUGCCAUCUUAUCCUGGAGCUCCUACAGGCCCUGGGUUUGGUGUGCCUCCUGCUGGCCCUGGCUUUGGUGGCUAUCCUCAGCCUCCUGCCCAAAACUAUGGCGGAGGUGGACCUGCACAGAUUCCAGGAUAUCCUGGUGGACAAGCACCAUCACCAAUGCCUGGCCCGCCUGCGGCAAUGGUUCAGUGUACCCAGGGCACAAUUCAAGCUGCAGCAAACUUUGAUGCUGGAAGGGAUGCAGAAAUUCUGCGCAAAGCUAUGAAGGGGUUUGGAACUGAUGAGAAGGCUAUCAUCAAUGUUGUAGCUAACCGCUCCAACGAUCAGAGGCAAAAAAUCAAAGCAGCUUUCAAGACUAUGUAUGGCAAGGACUUAAUUAAAGAUCUGAAGUCUGAGUUAAGUGGAAAUGUGGAAGAACUGAUUCUAGCACUCUUCAUGCCUAGCACCUAUUAUGAUGCUUGGAGUUUACAUCAUGCAAUGAAGGGAGCAGGCACUCAGGAGAGGGUGCUGAUUGAGAUCCUUUGCACAAGGACAAAUCAGGAAAUUCGAGAAAUAGUGAAAUGCUAUAAAUCAGAAUUUGGACGGGACCUCGAGCAAGACAUCAGAGCAGACACCUCAGGACACUUUGAGCGAUUAUUGAUAUCCAUGUGCCAAGGUAAUCGAGAUGAGAAUCAAACUGUGGAUUAUCAAAAAGCUCAGGAAGAUGCUCAGCGUCUGUACCAAGCAGGUGAAGGAAAACUUGGGACUGAUGAGUCUUGUUUUAAUAUGGUUCUGGCAAGCAGAAGUUUUCCUCAAUUGAAAGCAACGGUUGAAGCGUACUCCAAGAUUGCUAAUCGGGAUUUAUUAAGCAGCAUUGACAGAGAAUUUUCUGGAAAUGUGGAACGUGGUUUGAAGGCUAUUUUGCAAUGUGCUUUAAAUCGCCCAGCCUUUUUUGCAGAAAGACUUUAUUACUCUAUGAAAGGAGCUGGCACAGAUGAUUCUACACUGAUCAGAAUUAUAGUCACCCGCAGCGAGAUUGACCUUGUGCAAAUUAAACAGAUGUUCACACAAAUGUAUCAGAAGACUUUGGCUACAAUGAUAGCAAGCGAUACGAGUGGUGAUUACCGGCGUUUGCUGCUGGCAAUUGUUGGUCAAUAGAAGAAGAUUUUCUGGGCCUUUUUGUUUUCUUUUUUAAAACAAACUGAAGGACAUGUAACAUGCUUUAUGCAGAUACUAACUAUCUGUGUGUGUAAAAGAAUAAUUUUAAACUGUGUAAUCAAAUAUGCCUACUUGAUGAUUCAAAAAAGCUUUUUGCACUUACAUUUGCCUUAAUUUACAGCACAUAAUAUUCUUUAUUGUAUAAUAAAAGAUGUAUCUUGUCUAUUAGCCCUA